ACUUUACUAAGUGGGAAACACUUCUUCUCUCUUCCGGGUUGCUUUGUUACUUAAUGGUGAAAAGUUUUAAGAAAACCGUCUGCGCUAGAAGUUUUAAACAUGUGCACAACGGUAUUAUAUUUUAUAUCAAGGGCGCUACUUAAUGAUUCAGGAUUCGGAUAAGUCUCUUUGAUCAUCCUUAAAGCAGGACAAACAGUAUUUUGCAUAGAUAUAUUUCCGGCGUUUCAUAUACAACCAGCCGUUUAUAAAACUCACCCAUGGGAAAAGCAGAGUCAAAGCACGAAUGGACACCUUCAAGGAAACCUUGCCAAGAGGAUGAAAUGCCACAUCCGAAACAAGUUAAAACGGAUGAUGGUUCCUAUGUAUGGAUUGUUGAAGACAUGGAUCUCUUAAUGCGAUUCGUUUUCCUAGGGUCAGACACUGCGUACAGUGCAUCAAACAAACAUCCAGAACGAAAGUAUGCUGAAUGUAUAGACAGAUUGAUUGUCAAAGGAAGAGGAGAAGAUGUUGUGCGUCUUAUAUCAACAAUAAGUCAUUGUGGAUGGGCUCCAAGGCAGAAUUAUUUAAUAUUUGCACUUGCAGUUUGUGCGAGAUCUAACAACAUUGUAACUAAGAAACUGGCUUACGACGAGCUGUACAACAUUUGUCGUACUCCGACCCACUUUUUCUUGUUUGUUCAUUAUUGCAAACAAGAAAGUGGUUCAUCAAAGGGCUGGGGAAGAGCUCAUAGAAGGGCUGUAUUAAAAUGGUACGAAGACAAAAGUAGAAACCCUGAAGGUCUUGCGCGUCUUUUGACAAAAUAUAAAGCACGUAAAGUGGCUACAAAUGAUGGAAAGGUAGAGAGUUGGUCUCAUAGGGACAUUUUUCGACUUGCUCACCCAUCACCAUCUGAUGAUCUGAUGAAACUGGUGAUGAAUUUUGUCCUGAAUGGCUGUGGGAAAGCUCAAAAUCUUGCGUCCAAGGAAUCAGAAAAUACUGACAGAGUUACGAAGUUUUUGACUUACAUUGAGGGAACAACGAAAGCAAAGAAAUGCACUGAUGAAAAUGAUAUGGUAGAGCUUAUAAAGAGAUAUAGGCUAGAAAGAGAACACGUUCCAACGCAAAUGGUGAACUCAGAAAGCGUUUGUGAAGCACUUAUCCAGAACAUGAAGCCUGAAGCUAAGAUUCGCAAUAUCGGCAUGCUGUCUGCCAAAGGCUUUUGUGGUGAAAAUUCCGACAUCGAAAAAGAAAUAGUAGAGACGCUUACAGAUGCUAAGAUUUUACAUGACGCAAGGGUACAUCCUCUAAAGGUGCUAUCGGCGUUAUUGACGUACGAAAACGGAAAGAGCACAAAAGGGAAAUUAGAAUGGACUGUGAAUAAGAAUAUUGUGAAGGCUCUGAACGAAGCUUAUUAUUUAUCUUUUGAUGUCCUACUUCCAACAAAGAAGAGUUUCCUGCUUGCAGUCAAUGUAAGCGACAAAAUGAAAGAUCCAUGUGAAGGCUGUCCCGCAGUGAAAUGUCACCAGGCUGCGGCCGCGAUGAUGAUGAUGACCGUUCGAACUGAAACCAAAUGUAAGAUAUUUGGGUUCUCUGAAGCUUUGACACGAAUUCGCAUUGCCAAGACAGACACACUUUCUCAGAUUGAAGAGAAAAUGGAUUCGCUGCAAGGGGGAAAAGCUGAUAGUGCACUACCAAUGAUGUGGGCCAAAGAAAACAAAAAGAAGAUAGACGUUUUUAUCGUGUACACUGACAACCUGCGUACCAAAGGGCAAGUUCAUCCAUCAAAGGCCUUAAAGGACUAUAGAAACGAAAUGAAUAUACCUGAGGCGAAACUAGUUGUGGUGGCGAUGGCACCUAACAAUUAUACAGAUGCAGAUCCUGAAGAAACUGUGGUAACGGCUGUAGAAAAUCUCCGUACUGAAGAACCUGAGAAGCCUGAUUACGGAGCGAUAAACAUUGUCGGUUUUGAUGCUAAUGCGGCCAUACUUAUAGCAAAAUUCAUUCGCGGAGAAAUAUAAAUUAUGCACCCAAGUGGCUUGAAUAAUUGACGUUUUGUUUUGUAACUCUCAACGGCUUAUCGGUCGAACAGCUACUAAGCAAGUAUUUCAGAGAAAGUAAAUGCUGUCCUAUGACAACGAAAUUUGAUGUGUCUAGUAUGGUGGCUAAUUUUGAGAUAUUAUAUAUAAGAACGACCGGAAUUUGUUUUUCUUGAAUAAAUUUAACCGGUAUUACCGCCUUUGAGCGACCUGCGUCCACGCCGUGUCGAUCUCUUACGCACGUAAUGGUGACACGGGGCACCGUAUGUAAACAUGCAGAAAGAUGUUUUGUAUUACUUUAGAUAAAGCAUUGUACACUGUGCCGGUAAAUCAUUUUCAUUAGGUAUCCAAAGCACCUUAAGGUAGAUGACCUUUUGGAAAAGACGCCAUAUCCUUUUUCUUUCAAGGUAUAAUGUAAAUCAUUCACGCUUCGUUAGUCACAUAUUCCCAAUUGAUUUGUAGCGUGUAAAUUUCAUACCACCUACCUGACGUCACCAAUGACAUCAAGUUAAUGAGUGUCUUACCCAGCCAAAAGAACAAAAUGUUUCUCAUUACGUUGCUAAAAUGCAGAUGUAACAAACAAAUUAGUUUCGCGAUGACAAAUAGGCACUCGCCUUAUUGCGCUCUAAUUUCGUGCAAAAUCUUUGCUAGUGAGAUCGUGCAUUUUUCCGAUACAAAUCAAAUAACCCAUAAAUGCAGACAUCACAAUAUCAUAAUUAUAAGGACGUGUUUUAGCUCAUACGGCAGGAAUCACCCGGUCGCAGUCAUUAUGAGAAUUUUCAGUUUAGGUCACAUAGACGGUUUAGAUAUUUUACGAUUGGUAUCUUAUGUUUCAUUUAAAACAACUUAUCAAGUAAAUUACAUGAAUCUAGUUUCCACUGAAAUGUUUUAAUAUCUUGCAGAGAUAUCAACAUUGAAGUGUGCAGUUAGAAAAACAGUUCAGUGUAAACUUUACCUACUACAUUUUUCUUUGUUUCCAAUAUCAAACUGCACUAGAGCUGUCCUACUUGACCUGGCAUCAACGUCUGCGUCCUUCCGCGUCCACGUCUUAGUCAAAGUUUUGAUGCGCUUAUCUCUGUUAUUAUUUAAUGGAAUUGCUUCCAGCCUUAAAUAGAUUUUCCUAAUCAUCACUCAUAUCAUAUGGCACAAGAACCAUAAGCCGCGCCAAUUUUCAUGAAUUAUCCCCCAUUUUUACUUAGAAUUGCAGGUGCCUUUUCACUCUAUCUCAGUAAUAUCAGACUAUAUGCUGUUUAGAAAGAAUGGGUGGUCAGAUCUCAGUUUAGUUUGACUAUGUGUCUGAUCAGCGUAGAAGGUCUAUAAUUAUGUAUAUACUUAUUUUAACAUAGGAGGGUUACGUUAAAUCCUAAUACAAUUUUCUAAUUAUGACGUUUUGAUAUUCGCUCUAUCCGUUGAUAUUUUAAUGUUUUUUUCUUUAGAAUUAAGAUAUGUUAGUGUGUCCGUGCCUUAUAUUUGAUAAUUCGCUAUAAGCGUAUUCGAUGUAACCGUUUUGUUUUACAUAGAAUAAAGAAGUGGGAAGACGGGACGUUUGAAAUUGUUUCUUAGAACCGGAAAUUCGUUAUAACCAUGUUCGCUAUUAGAGAAGUUUUGUAUAAUGAGAGAUGUUUGCUUUCCUAGUUUUUUUUAGCUCGACUAUUCAAAGAAUAGUAGAGCUAUUGGACUCGCCCGUGCGUCGGCGUCCGCGUCCCGAUUUGGUUAAGUUUGUGUAUGUAAGCUGGUAUCUCAGUACCAACUAAUGGGAAUGGAUUGAAACUUCACACACUUGUUCACUGUCAUCAUCUGACAUGCACUAAGCAGGUCCCAUAACUCUACUUCGCAUUUUUUUUCAAAAUCAUGCCCCUUUUUUGCUUAGAAGUAUUUGGUUAAGUUUUUGUAUGUAAGUUGGUAUCUCAGUAUCCACUAAUGAGAAUUGAUUGAAACUUCACACGCUUAUUUACUGUCAUGAGCUGUCAUGAGAUGUGCAGGUCCUCUGCUUUGCAUUUAUUUUCAAAAUAUGCCCCUUUUUCGACUUAGCAGUUUUUGGUUAAGUUUUUUAAUGUAAGCUGGUAUCUCAGUAUCCAGCUAAUGGGAAUGGAUUGAAACUUCACACACUUGUCCACUGUCAUGAGCUGAUAUAAAACACUAUGCAGGUUCCAUAACCCUGUUUCCCAUUUGUAGAAAAUUAUGCCCCUUUUUCGACUUUUGUAUUCAUUCAAUUGAAAAGGUUGUUGAAUAGUCGAGCGUUACUGUCCUCCGACAGCUCUUUUUUCUUUUUUUUUUUUUUUUUUUUUUUUUGCUAAACUUUAUCUUUAUAUUGAAUAAUAGAUUUACAGUUACUACGAAUGUUCUAAUAUAUAUUUGCUUGCUUUUUAUACGCCCGUCUGAAAGGCGGGACUAUUAUAGGAACUCUUAGGGUGGUUCUGGGACGAUCUGUGUAUGAAAAGAAUUGGAACCACUGCCUUACCCUUGCAUGAUCGUAAGAGGUGACUAAUAGGGUCUUAACACUUGGUUUUGCAGUAACUCUGUGCAAAUUUUGACUUCAUACCUCAUGUUUUUAUUUUGAUGUAAAUGAAAAGUGAAACCAAAAUUUAUAGUCCUGUUUGGCGCCAUAUAACCUAUACUGUGUUGGUGCGCCGUAAACCCCCCCCCCCCCCCAAAAAAAAAAUAAUAAAUGGUGGUGGGCGGGCGUCGGAAGGGCGAUCGGCCGGCGUCCACAAACAUUUCUGGAGCGUUUCUUCUUCAUGCAUAGAGGGAUUUCGAUUUAACUUGGCACAAAUGUUCACCAUCAUGAGACAAAGUGUCGUGUGCAAAAACCUGGUCCCUAGGUUUAAGUUCAAGGUCACAAAGGCCAAAAGUCAACUACAAGAGAAUGACUCUGUCUGGAGCAUUUCUUCAUGCAUGGAGAUUUUGAUGUUACUUGGCACCAAAAUGUUCACCACUAUGGAGCACCCUUGGUUUUAGAAUUACUUACCUUUAUUGUAACUAAAAAUAGCUAAAAUUGUAACUGUUUUUAUUUCUGGCCGUUGGAAAAAACCAAGACCACUUUUCUGUGUUACAACAUGCAUGUUAUAUCCAUUUUAGGUGUAUUUUGACCCAGCUCUACCCGGUAAGAAGUUUUGUGUGCAGUUAUAUUAUUUAGAUUUUUUAAGGAUUAACUUCCCUUUGUUGUUACUAUAAAUAACUUAUAUCAUAAUUUUUUAUACUGGUAAAAUCCAUAUGCAAAUAGAGGUGCUAGUGUGUAGCAAUUUGAUAUGACGGGCGUAUAUUGUGGCUUUCUGGCACUCUUGUUCAGUAUCGGUAUCUGUAUGAUAUUUAUUCAUUUUGUGAUUUUUAGAGGAAAGGGUAUCAGCAAAACAUGUAUAUAUUGUUUAGAGGACAAUGUUUUGCAUGUCAAAAAAGCAUGCCUAAUAUACCAUUACAUAGAAUGAAGCCUUGUUCCCACAUGCGGAUUCUGAAUUCAAGCUCUUGUAAUGGCAAUCAGUAUGUAAAUACAUAAAUAUUCAAGAGAGUAAAUAGAAUUGUUAUGUUUGUGUCAUUCCCCAUUAUGCUUCAUUUUUAUUAUUAUUUGUUUUAUAUUGAUGACUCAUUGUUACUCUAAAGCCUGUCCUAGGUUUGAGACAUUAUGUAUUUCAAUCAGUUAUUUAGUUAUAGUCUAUGGUUUUCUAGAAGGUUCAAGCAACAGGCUGUUUACAUUAUUGUAAAGUCUGGAUUAUUCUGGAUUUUUCCAGAAUCUUCUUUUUAUUCUUUGUGAUACAUGUAACAUGAAAUUGCUGGAACCUUCCAUGAUGCUUUAAAUUUCGACACUGUUUGAGGGCAGGGAAAAACCUAAGUAACAUUUUACUGAAAAACGUUCAAGUAUUUUUAGAAAGCAAAAUAUUACCAGUUGUGCUUUAAAAAAAAAGAAAUUUAUCUUUAAAGUGAGGAUUUAAGUUUGUUGAAUAAACUAAAUACAGUUUGAAUACUAUGAGGAAUUCGGAAUUAUUACUAAUUGGAUCGAAUUUUACUAGGACAGGAUUUGGAAUAUUCUUGCAUAUCAGACUAGAUUUUACGGCUAGUUGACAUUAUAAAGGCAUUUUAAUUGUUAAUAUUCGUUAUAAACUUCGUUAUUGUU